AGUAAAACAUUUUUUUACACGCACGCAUUCCAAUCCGGCUGUUGUCAGACAAUCAAACGGACUGAGCAAGCGACAUUUUGGUAUUUUUUUCUGUGUAUUGCCAUGCCAGUCAACAGUAUUCGACUCAGAUCCUAAAAGAUCGUAAUUAGCUAGCUUUCUUGUAAUUAGUUAUAGAUUCACAAACAUGUAUAUUUAGGGUGCUUGGAGGUAAAACGGAUCGAUAGCGCAGUGCAGUUUACGUGGGCAAUUGUUUCAGCGAUGGCGAUGCCGGAGCAGUUUUCAUUACGGUGGAAUGACUUCCACUCGAACCUAUCUCAGUCGUUCCAUGCAUUACUGGAAGGAGAAGACUUGGUGGAUGUGACAUUGGCAGCGGGAGGCCAGUAUGUGCACGCUCACAAACUCAUCUUGUCAGUAUGCAGUCCCUAUUUCAAGGAAUUAUUCAAGAUGAACCCCUGCGAGCACCCGAUCGUGAUCCUCAAAGACGUCGCGCACCAAGAGCUGAAGCAACUCCUGCAGUUUAUGUACCGUGGUGAGGUGCACGUGCGGCAGCAGGAGCUGAGCGGGUUCCUGCAUACAGCCGAGCUCCUGCAGGUGAAAGGGCUCACUCAGGGACGGGAGCGCUCCGAAUCUCCGCCGCCAGUCGAGGAGUGCCCCACAAAGACCGAGCCCACAGAGGCGCCCGAGUGGGUCCCCGGCGGCGACGAGACCAUCGCCACCGAGGCCCCGCCCGCGCCCCGCGACGACGCCCGCAGCCCGCUCAAACGGCUUCUGAAGAACACACCGACCAAGAACAGCUUGUCCGCCACCAAGAAGAAGCCGCGGCCCGUGAUCGAGAGUCCUGUGCCCGUCGUCGAGAACAACGAAUGCGCGUCAGACGGCGAACCCUUAAUAGAUUUCGACAGCGACCUUUACCACAGCGUGCUCGCUAUGCCCGAAUCUGCUAAAGAACCUGGCUGGAACUGUAAAACGACCGGCGUCAAAUGCCCCUCAUGCCACCGGUUCUUCGCCAACCGGUACAACCUGAAGGUCCACAUCCGGGACAAGCAUGACACGCGCGAGGGCACGCUCCAGUGCGAGAUAUGCAACAAACGCAUGCGCAAUCCGAGUUGUCUGCGCGUUCAUAUGUACCACCAUCGCAAGCAGGCUGCGUACCUCGCGCAACUCCAGCCUGAGAAUCACGUACCGAACAUCGACGACAAGGCCUGGCGCGCCGAGGGGCCCUACGGACCAGUAGACUACAAAUUCAAUCCUGACGCGUUCCAGUCCCCAAUGCCGCUGCCGGCCAACGAAGCGCCAACCAAACCGGAGCCGGACGCGGAAACCGCAUGAUGCCGGUGGGACGAGCUGGCCACGCCCGACCAGCUGUACCGCGUCUUCACGCAGCAGAGCCGGUGGGUGCGCAGCGUGUUCACCAUCAGAGGUUAGGGGGCGAUGCCCCCUGUAGGGGGCUAUGCCCCUUUAUGGGGACACCACGUAAAAAAGGUUAACAACCAUCUGUAUCUUUAGACAGCUCACGCAAGUUCACACCUCAGGGGUUUAGGGUUAUUUGACGCCCUCCAUAGGGGGACACGACGCGAAAUAGAUUAACGCCCGCUUGGUUAUUCUUUAGACAGCUCACACUAACACUAGUUGUAGGGUUAUAUAACAUAGGGGCGGUGCCCUACUAGCGUAGCGACAUGCCACACUUGAUCAGCUGUACUGACUAUUCACUCGGCAGACCGUUGGCUUAGGAGUUCCCUACUAGAGGGGCGGCGCCCCCUUAGAAGCGUAACAUUGCAAAGGGGGCAUGACUGGGCAGAAUUAAUGUAGGUAAAGAUCGUUUCAUUUUAGCUGUAUAAUAAAAUUAAUAAACUAGUAGAAGAAGUGGUUUAGAAGACAUUCGUUGUUACUUGAUUAUUAAAAAAAUACUAUUAACUGUUUUUUUCUACAUUUAAACGUAUAUAGCUUUAUAAAUCUAGACAUUAUCGUCGAGCUUCUCCUAAAAGAAGUGACACGAUAGCCAUGCGGCAACUUUGAUAUCAUAUACCACUUUUUUUUGUUAAAAUUGCUCAAAUUUUACCAAUAUAAAUUGUGCAUACUUAUGUAGCAGACUGACAUUUUUUCACAAGGAAUAUCUGUUAUCUACCUAACUCACCAUGGCAUUUUUGUCAAAUUUCCUCACUUUGAUCUAUCAAAAUCGGUGCUAAGUUAGCUUGGACGGACUCUACGUGAACUGUAGGGGGCAGCACCUAUCUAUUAGCAUUUAAUGUAAAGUUUAAGUUUUAGAUUUGCGCCACGAGGUGGCAUAGCUUUAACCGUGUACGGUCACUUUAGAGGCACGGUGUUGGAGGAUCACAAUUCACGCUUCUAAGCAGGUGCUGCCCCCUACAUUAAACGCUGGCUCUUUUUCGUAUAGUAGGUUCUGCCAUCUAGUGGCUUAAAUCUAAACAUGGAAACAUGGUUUUCUGUGCCGCCGUGUACAGUUCAUGCACAAUCCUUAUAUGAAGCUCUCUAACAACUUUGUGAUUUAGAGAACAACUUAUAUUUGAUAAGGCGCCUUAGACCCUUGAUGUGUGAAACUUGAAACAACAUUCCAUAUUUUUAAGAUUAAUAAUUCUCAAAUUAAUCUCUUUCGAAUUGUAUUUAUUAUUUAUACAUUCCAAAAAAAAACUGAUGUAUCGAAAACAAACAUUCCCUAGCCAUUACAUACUCAGCUUUAUGAAAGAUAACGUAGUACAUCAAAUAUAAAUAAAGAUAAUUUGAAAUAGAGAUGUAUUGGCAAAGAAAACUUUGUAGCCACAGUAAAUUUACUGCCAUCUUUCGUCCGAUCCUUAUUCUUUCACUUAUAUGUAUUAAAUUUGUUAAAUUUCAAAAAGUGGCGCCACCUAAUAGAUCAAAGGCCAAAGGUAUGGCGGUAUCGUUUCGAGCGAUGGCGCCACAACCUUUAACCGAUGCCCGGUAAGAUGGCGCCCCUCUUUGAUAUUUAACAAAUUUAAUACAUAUCAGUGAAAAAAUAAAGAUCAAAGUCAAAUGGUAUCCUAAAAGUUUUAAUCACGUGUCCAAAGAUGGCAGUAAAUUUACUGUGGAUUCAAAGUUUUCUUUGACAAUCCACCUCUAUUUCAAAUUCUCUUUGAUAUAACGUAGCAUUUAAUUUUAGUCUAUUAUUAUUUAAAAUUAUGUUCGUAUUUUGAAACCCGGUAUGUGAACAAAAAACCGUUGUAGUACCACUACUCAACUCCCAAAGACUGAAUCAACUGUGAACAAAAAUUUCGUGCCUAAAAUAACCUAAAAUGUAUCCACUUCGGUACCGCUAUUGCUGUCGUACAUAGAUUCAUUGUUUGUAUAAGAUGUAUAAAGUCUAAGAAAAAUCUCUAGCUCCAGAAAUAGAGUAUUUCCAUUUAUCACCGACGUGCACAGAUGGGAAUAGCUGCAUUCAUAUGAAUCAAUCCCAUCUGUCCUCGUAUCAUGUAUGUAUAAAAAAAACAAGCUCCAAAAAAGAACACUUCUCGGCAAAAAAAGCUCGACUCCAAAUAAUAACUCAAAAGAAAAUAGGGAAUCGACAACUAAUAAAUAAUUCGAAAAAGGGCAAGCUUUAUUUAACCAAGGACGAUAAUGAAAACAAUCAAAUCCCUAGCUCCAAAAAACAACGUAGAUCAUCUAGUUCAACUAUAGUAUUUUAUGCAACAGUUGCAUAAGAAGGGUCAAAAAAGGCGAGUGGUGUGAGUUACAAUGUGAGCCGGAGCCGAAGGCGUAGGCGAACAUUGUAAAGGAAUACGCCACGAGCAUUUUUUUACCUACUUAUACAACGUUGCAUACAAUACUUUUUCUACACGAGUCAACAAAAAUAAAUCUUAAUUUAGGUAAACAAAGCAAAAGUAUAUAGCUAAGAUACGCGAGCAUACCUUGCGCGCCCGGCCCGCCCCGGGCCGCGGCCGGCCGGUCGGCGACAUCUCUUAACUCAUGAGGCCCUGGUACUUGCUCUUUGCUACACUAAUUUUUUUUCUCGAGUUUGGCCACAGUAGCCUAUGGAGACUAACAAGCAACGCUAAGCGGUCUUCGUAGUCUAUGGGUGUUGCUAUAUUACGGGUGUCACAUGCGUGUUUCUGACUUAUGAAGCAAUUGUUUCUACUAUGCAACCAAAUGAACAUUUUGUAAGUUGGCGGCAAUGCACUUAGUUUGAAACUGCAUUCGUUUUGAUUUUGUUAGGUUGGUAGCCAUUAAUCGCAGUAACGUUUAGCGAUUUUAAAGCACAAGUGCUGUUAUGAGGAAUAUACAAUAUAGACUUUUCUUGAAACCUUUUAUGUAUGUUCUUAUAUUCGUGUUAAUGAAUGUAUAAAUGGCAGAGGAGUAGUUUUCAGAAGAAUUGGCGUUCUAAAAGUUUAAAUAAUGUGUCGAAAGAUGGCAGUAAAUUUGCAGUGGCUAGAAAGUUUUCUUUGACAAUCCACCUCUAUUUAAAAUUCUCUUUGAUGGAAGUAUAGAUGCAGCGCCAUCUACAUUACAAACACAAAUUAGACUUUACACAUCAAAUACAAUCUUAUCUUUUUGUCAACAGUUCCACAUUCAUUCAGGUAACACUGAUUUGGGUAAGUUUAAGGAAAUAUUAAAUAUGUACUCAUUAACGCACACCACAUAGUGAAUGCAAUAUGUACAUAUUUAUGACUGCUAGGCACGGUGAUGUAGGUUUUGAAAGCGCAGGGUGUUCGUAAGUACUUAUUUUCUGUUACCAAAAUAUUUUUUGAUACGUUAAUUUUGUAUAUGCAACGAAAAUACUGAUCAUGAAAGCUCGUGGUCAAAAACCUUUUAGAGUACUAAAAACGUCAAAUCAUAGUAUUAUUUUAUUUGACUGUUAAAUAAAUUGAAGGAUUUAUUUCUAUUUACAUUAAUACUUAAUCCAUCGUCAACAUUCUAAGGCAGUUCAAGCCCACUUUGAAUUGGUUGUUAAUUUAGCUUUCCUAGUCUUAAACAAUUAUUAUUAAGUUGAGCACCCUGCGCGUGACACAACGAAUUAGAAGCGUAAUUAAUUUCGGUUUAAUCAUAGAUAUGAUGGAUAGACAGGUCGCUACGAUAAAAUUGUGACUUGAUGGCAAGCCUAUUUCGCACCCACAUAUACUCACGGUUCGAGCCAAUCACCGCUCGCCCUCGAGUUGUCAAUGUGUGCGUGUUGCGCUUAAACACGAAGAAAUCGGCGUUGUAAAUUCACAAGUUUUUCUUGGCGUCGCUACCUCUGUCUUUCAAACUUGUGAGUUGUAUUACGUAUUGCAGCUGGAAAAAGCGGUACCGUGACUAAUUCUUUUUAACCUUUUGACCGCGUCGUCCAUAUAAAAAUAUUAUCUACGAGUUAUUGAUUUGACGAAUCAACAAAAAAACCUUGAUUUUGAAUGAAUACUCUCGGUUACUUUGAUUUACUAAUGGAUAUUAAGAUUCUCAGGUGCAAAUUUAUUAUAAAAAAAUAUGGUGCUGCAUUUAAUAUCAUUUUUUUAAUGAAUGGUCACGGAUUUUAUAUAUCUAAGUACAAGUUUUUUUUAUUAGGCAGCUAGGUUGAUUUAGAUUAGAAAGUAGAAGUUGCCAUUCGUUGAGAUGUACAAACUUGAUUUCCGAAAAUAUUCAACAAAAAUUCAUUUAACCUAACAGUACAAAUAACGAUAUGUGUAUAUUAUUCAUUUAUGAAAAAUAUGCUUUACUUAGUAUUUAAGUUUAUAAUAUUAGGUUUUUGAUUUUUUUUUACUGUUUAAAUACGUAAAAAUGUACACAUUUUCUAUAUAUUUUACAAAAGUUAAAUCUUAAGUGUCAAUACCUCAAUAAUUGCUGAGUUUCAUUUGGUUUAGUACAAAAAUUCGUACCGCAUAGGCGUAAUCGCCGCCGAUAAUUGUGUAUAUAUCAAUGUGGGGAGAAUCAAGGGUUAAAUAUGAAAUUAUUCGAGAUUCGUUCGCUCUCGUUCAAUGUUGGCAUAUAUAGUAUUAACAUCAGUGUAAGUCUUAAGAUAUGUAAUCUAGUAAAGCUUUAAAGUUAGAUUCCCAUCGUAUGGUCUCUAGUUUAGUUAGAUGUAGAUUAGAUUAAGCAGGUGAGCUCAUGACGGACAAAGAGAUAUAUUCAUUAUAAACAAUUAAUGCUUGAUUGUCGGUCAUUUACUUCACAUGACGGUAGAUAGAUAAUAAAAAUAAAAUUAAUUGUAUGCAAAUUUUAACCUUCAACACACAUUAAUAAUGCUAUUGGUUAAAAGGUACAAUUUUAGGCCGACAAUUGACUAUUAAUUCACUUUGAAAUUAUUCAAUACCCGUAUCUAUUGCGUCUUGGUGUUUUUGUAAACAAUUUUGUGGAUCAACUCUUUUUCUUGUUAUUCUGCCCCAUCAGCCAGGCGACAAUAAUGGCAUAGUUUGCUAGAAUAAGUUAUUCUACGUUCUAAUAUUCUUAAAAGAUGACUCAUUAUGGAAAUAGAAGCCUUUUCCGUAAUGAGUGUUUGGUUAUUUUAUAUACCACCAGGGUUUUAAGAGUAGCCAGGCGACCGUAACCAUGGCAGCUCGUGACAAGAAAAAGUGUAUUCACAUACAUCCUGUCUUGAAAAUAAAUAUCCUUAUCAUUGUUUUGAAUCGAUACAACCAUUGAAAAUAUAGAAUUUAUGUUAUUCUUACUUUAUACUAUUACUAUUUGAAUUUAGAUCUCUUUUCAACUACAAAAGUAUUUUUAUCACUUUAAUCAAAUUUCUUUGCACAAUUUUUACGUGAAAUAAUCGUGUGAUACCACAAUACAUAUGUAUUUAUAUUGAACUGUUUUAAAUGCAUGCAAGUAAACUAUAUCAUUUUAGUGUAAGAUUGUACUUUCCACCAUAAAAAGACUAGCCUCAAGGCAUAAUGUAUAGAUCGACAUAUUCAGUUAUGUGCACAAAAGUAGCAGUUGUUUAGCAUAGACGUAUUAUAUGUAUCAGGCUCUAUGAGAGCCGAAUCAUUAUCUUAUGAAAUAGAUCAAAUAGCUGGUGUAAAUCUCAACUAUUAUCUUCUAAAACUAUAUAUAGUCGUCAAGUGGAAAUGUGUCGCGCGAUAUGACAUUUGAGAUUUACACUACAAGUCCACAUAUCUCACCGUAGUUUAAGUCAGAGUUCGGUUAAGUUAUGUAUAUUUUAGACAGCGAUAAAGUUAAAAAAAAACGUCCGUAUUCAAUUAAAGGUUUGGGUAUUUCUAACCGUAUUUAUAAGGGGUCAUUGAAACUAACAAUUAAAAAAACUUAAGAUUUAUUCUUUCCGUCAAGUAGACGUCAACUUUAGUCAUAGCGAAAUGAAAAAGUCGUCUACGUAAACAUUUGACACGCUGUCGAAUGGAGUUAUAUUUUUGAUGUGUUACUUAGACGACUUUUAAUUUCUCUAUUAAUUAGUUAAGCGUGCAUAAUCAACCUGAUAUAGUUAAGAUAAUAUUUAUAGAUAACGUAAGUAGUCACCGACAUUCCAUUUUGGUAGCUGUGUAGUUAUUAACAAGUUUAUUUACCAAAUUGUUUUAUACCAAUGCUCGUACCUUUAGCGCUUAUCUAAGUAGGCGUCAAGCCUCCGAUCAUAAGAAUGUGCGUGGCUGCUAGUUUUUUAACCUUUUGACCAUCAACACACAUAAGCGUCAUAAUAAUCAAUGUUCAUAAUUCAAUUAAAAUACUAUAGCUAUAACGCUGAUAAGACAAAUUAUUUUUAAUUUAAUGUGCAAUAGUGAUCAAAAUGUUGGUGUCAAAUAGGUUAAAAACAUUGCAAACAAUACUCAUAUUGUGGCCAAACAGACGAGACUGCUCUGAUGAGUGAUUUUUUAUAUAUAUAUUUUGGAUCCAGGGCGGUUCUCGUCUUAAUCACGUGUUGUAUUUUUUAUACAUUCCAUAUUAUAAGUAAUUUGUGCUCAAGUACGAAAUGUAAUGUAAGUUUAAAUAAUCUGAAUUAUUCCAUGACAAUUUUAGGGUAUAUUAGUAGUAGAUUGUAGUUGCGUCCCUAUGUCUCGUUUCUUAUUCUUCAUCUUAUGCUGGACAAGAGAAAACAGAUCACAGAAAAUAGAUAGGUACAGUUGUAAUAAUCUUUUGUCAGUGUCUGUUUUGGAUCACUUUUCUCAAUGGAAUUCGGUGUUAAGUGAAAAUAUGUUUUUGUCGUCUUGUCUGGCAUAUUUGACAUUUUCGGGCUCUCUAUCAACUCAUAAAAUCGCGCCAUAUAUUUAUAUUCAGAUAAGUGUAUAAUACUCGUAUCUAUACACUCGAUGUGUCUUCUUAUACAUAUUAAUAUAUGAGUGUUUAUCGAAUGAAAUUUGAACAUUUUAAAAUGUAACUGGCCAGUAUUGAACAUGUAUUGAGGUGCAGAAGAGAUAGAAUCUCAACGUAACUAAAGGCUGGUAAACAUUGUAAACAAAGUUGUGAUACAGUUUCGAAUGUUGUGAUUAAAAAGGUAGGUUUUGAACAUUUUAGGAGUAUACAGAACGCGUUAUUCGCACUCGUUAUUUAAUGUUAACGCUUCUUUGGAACCUAAAAAGGUUAAAAAAUCAAGAUGGCGGCUAGAAUUUGAAAAAAGGUUAAAAUUGCGAAUUAUAGUAAUAGCUUCGACAGGGUUUAAGCAUUUAAUCUUCGAAUAGGAAAACGGUUGUGAUCUAUGGUAUGGGGGGUGGGCUGACAAAAAGACAAGCUUUUAAAAUUUUCAUAACGGUAUUUUGGAACAAAUUAAAGAAGGGACCACUGAGAGUUGGUUUUUUAAAUAAGUAUUUUUUGUUGUCAGUGCAAAGAACUCAUGUUGACUUUAACAGGCGGUAUUUAAAAGGAGUAUUUAAUAAAUAGUUUCUGAGAAAUGCACUGGUGCUUACCGCUUAUAGCACAAUCAAGUUUCAUUCGAGAAUUUGCGUAUAAUAUUUGUAAGUAAAUUUGUGUUUGAUGUUGUACAUCGAUGUUUUACCGUGAAUGCUCUCUAAAUCUUGAGAAUAUAGCUAAUCGACCAGGUACUCAUAGAACACUAAAUUAAUAUCGAACGCGCUAUACCACGCUGUUAUUUGACAACUUGUGAACUUUACUGUAAAGACAUAAGGUACACAAAUGUUCAGUUAAAAGUUUUGCGUAUAAUAAGUUAGCAUAAAAAGUAGCGGAUCAGACAACGCGUCAAAUAUAUCUGCCACUUAAUAAAAAGAGAUACAUGUCUCUAUAUGUAAGACAUAUAGACUAACAGAUACUUUUCAAUGCGAACUGUAGAGAUAUACAGAGCGUCCCAAGACUAUGGGACAUCAAGGGAAAGUACCUUAAAUAUCGUAGAUAGGAUAUUUUGCUGAAAGAAGACUACUUUAUUUUUAAAAGUUAGUAAUUUUGCAUUUAAAGAUUUUCUAAGAAUUACUUGCUUCAUCUGGGAAUCGAACCGACUUAAUAAUUUUCUUGUAAUUUAACUCAAACAUUUUACGUUGUUUCUUUCUUUUAAAAUACUAUGUAACUUAAGAAGAAUUAUUAUUUUUUGUCCAUUCUUUCGAUUGGCAUCAUAAAAAUAGGGGUGUUUUUUUUUCACAUUUAAGUCGGUUCGAUUCCCAGUCGAAGCUAGUAAUUCUUAGAAAAUGUUUAAAUGCAGAAUUACUGACUUUUAAAAAUAACAUAAAGUUUUAUUUCAGCAAAAUAUCCUAUCUACGAUAUUUAAGGUACUUUCCCUUGAUGUCCCAUAGUCUUGGAACGAUUACGAUUAGGAAUAUGAAUCGAGGGUGACAGAUACGUUGGCGCGUUGUUUGAUCCGCUUUGAUUGAGGCGGGGUGUACGAACCGCGUUCACGUUUAGCCGCAACCUGGCGCAUGUAAUGCUCUCUUAAACACUGUAACGGACUGUUGUCUACUGUGAACGUAAUAUUAAGAAUACUCGUUUUAAAUGUUUUUGUGAAAGAACAAGUUUAAGUUCGAAUGAUAAUCUUUUACAAGGUCUUUUUAAAUGCUGUCUUUUGAACAUAUUUACUCUGUGAUUGUGAAAUUGUGAUUAAAAAGAUACAUUCUAUUAUCUUCGUAAUUCAUAAUCAGGGACCGGAAUUAUUGUGGCAUUUUUGAACUGUCAUAGGGAGUUCUUCUUUAUCGACUUCCGAUACACAUAUAUCGAUACAAUGUAGAACACGAAAUAUAAAAAAGGAAGUUAUAAUAGUUCAUGGAUAUUUGACUGUAAAAUAAGUCAUUUAAGCAGAUAAUAUGGAAAAAAGAUGACUACGUACUUACUUAUUUCUUUUAUAAAGAAACUAAUGGGACAUUUGUUAGCACUGAAAUAUACUUGGACUUGAAAUAAAUAAAAAAAACCAUCUGAAGUGGUGUACUGCCGCUGCUACAGAAUAUGCUCCCCAGCGACGCCAAUUUCAUUGCACAUUAUUUCGCUCCCUGGUACAGGUACAGCCAUAAACAUUAUAGGUACAUGAUGUACGUUUUAGGUACAUCAUUUUAUCAUAUAAUUCAUUAAUUUUCAUUAGGAUGGCGCCGCUGCAGAGUAGCACACAUGAAGUGAUUUAAUGCGUAACUAUUAAGUUUUCAUUCUUUUAUUGCACAUCUCUAUUUCGCAUUUUCAGUUUUAACUGUUUAGCGAUAAGAUCGAUUAUUAUUUUUUACCUCUACUUUUAAUCUUUUUUAAUAUGUUCAUUGUAUCGAUAUCUUAGGUAUGUCGAAAGCCGGCUGAUGAGAAGUCCCUAAUCACAAUUCAAACUGCCACGAGAAUUCCGGCCUCUGUUCAUAAUUUUAGAUAUUUCCUGUCAUACUGCUACAAAAUCACCAAAUCUUGUGAAAGUAUGAACGAAACUUGUUCUCGAUGAACUAAAAUUCUCAAUUAUGUAUGUCAAUUUAGUAUGUGAUCGUCUAUUUACGUCUUUUAGACCAACAACAGUUGUAUAAGUGUCUAUAAUCAUGAUCAUUCAUACAGUGAAAGUUUAUUUCAUACCUUUUUAAUACUUUUUGGUUUAUAUAGUGUGUUCAAAUCUUUUUGUUAAAAAUGAUUAUUUUGUAACUUUUCAGUGGUAUAAUCAAUAUUUUGGCAGGUCUGUUAUGUCUUGACUAUAAUGUAGUAUUAAUUAAAGUCUGAGCUUUUUAAAGCAUCCGUCAUUGUAUUCACGAAAAUAUAUUGUGUAUAAUUUCACUGUUUUUUUUACAGUAAAUUUUUGGUAAACAUAUUAAACGAUAUAUGUAAUACAGAAACGGUUCUCAAGUUUACUGUUUAAAUUAAUUAAAAAUCAUACAUUACAAAAAUAAAUCAUGUAAAGAUUACGUCAAUUUAACCAGAUAAAAGGUAGUGCAAAAAAAGUUAUGGGAAAAUAUAUACAUGUUUAACCUGACCACAAGUUUCCAUUCGAUUUUAGGUUAGUAUUCUCAAUGAAUCUCUAUCCCACUUAAACGGUGUCAUUUUUUGUCUUUUUAUGUAUAUAUUUGUCUUGUAUCUAGUUGGAACUCAGUCUUUGUGUACUCAAUAUUUUUUUUUAUAUUUUUAUAUGUUAGUCUUAACGUAAUAAAUUAUAAUUUUGUAAGAA